AUGAGUCUGCUGAGGCCCAGCGGGCUGAAGGCCCCCACCAAGAUCCUCAAGCAUGGGAGCUGGGCCCUGAAGGCACCCUCGGCCGCGGCUGCUCCCAUUGAGAAGACCAUGCCUGGGGAGAAAACCCCCAGCGCCCCCUCCUCGGAGAUGCAGGAGGAGUUUGUGGGCGACUUUCAGGUCGGGGAACGAGUCUGGGUGAACGGGAACAAGCCUGGAUUCAUUCAGUUCCUCGGGGAGACCCAGUUUGCCCCUGGUCAGUGGGCCGGGAUUGUCUUGGACGAGCCCAUGGGCAAGAACGACGGCUCGGUGGCGGGUGUGCGCUACUUCCAGUGCGAGCCGCUGAAGGGCAUCUUCACCCGGCCGUCCAAGCUGAGUAGGAGCUUGCAGGCCCACGAUGAGACCAACGACCAGCAGCCAGCGCCUGCCGCCUGGGCCACACCGCCCCUGUCGGCCUUCCCGGUCCCUGCCGGCACCCAGAAGGUGCCCCAGCCCCCCGCGAAGGAAUCACCGGCCACCCCUCACAUCAGCAGCCUGACCAGGAUGGCCAGCGAAUCCAUCUCCAACCUUUCUGAGGCCGGCUCCCUCAAGAAAGCCGAGCGGGAGCUGAAGCUCGGGGACUGGGUGCUGGUGGGAGGCAUGGAGGCCGGUGUGGUGCGCUUCCUCGGGGAGACGGACUUCGCCAAGGGGGAUUGGUGCGGCGUAGAGCUGGACAAGCCACUGGGCAAGAACGAUGGUGCCGUGGCCGGAACGAGGUACUUCCAGUGUCAGCCCAAGUAUGGCUUGUUUGCUCCCAUUCACAAAGUCACCAAGAUUGGCUUCCCGUCCACCACGCCGGCCAAGGGCAAGGUGGCCGCCGUGAGGCGUGUGAUGGCCACCACCCCCGCCAGCCUGAAGCGCAGUCCUUCGGCCUCGUCGCUCAGCUCUGUCAGCUCCGGGGCCUCAUCCGUGAGCAGCAGGCCUAGCCGCACGGGACUAGUAUUGCCGGAAACCUCCUCCCGCUACGCCCACAAGAUCUCUGUCCUGAUGGCGGAGGCUCUCGCCAUCCUGGACUCCCACAUGGAGGCGCAGAUCUGCUGCCUCUGA